AGUAGGCGAGAGAGCGGAGUGCAGGCAACAGAUGUGAGAAAGGUCCUCAUAGCUGUCAAGUUCCAGCAUCCUUGUGCCGAAGAAGGGGCGGUGCCACAUGAUUGACUUUCAGAGGCAGUACAAAAGCACAGGAUUUCUCCCCAACUGCUUGUCACACUGACCUGCACCAUCUCUCAACUGCCUGACUGCCUGACUGCCUGCGGGGUUUCUGUCAACUGCUAUUGGAGGGGAGCAAACGCUUUGGAGAGUAACUUUUUCCUGUGGCCAUGCCAGAACCCACUAAGGAAAAUGAAGUGCCUGCCCCAGCCCCAGCCCCACCCCCGGAAGAACCAAAUAAAGAGCCGGAAGCCGGAACCACACCGCCGAAAGAUGAAGAGGAAGGCUCCCCGUCCAUUGCCCUGCCUCCAGGUUUGGGUAGUCGGGCCCUGGAAAGAAAAGAUUCAGAGUGGUCUCUUGGCGAAUCACCUGCCACAGAGGAACAAGUCAAGCAGAAUACUAAUUCUCAGCUGUCCACCCUGUUCGUGGAAAAGCCUCAAACAGGAACAGUGAAAGUUGGUGAAAAUAUCACCUUCGUAGCCAAAGUCAAGGCUGAAGAUCUUCUUAGAAAACCCACUGUCAAAUGGUUUAAAGGGAAAUGGAUGGACCUGGCCAGCAAAGCUGGGAAGCACCUCCAGCUGAAGGAAACCUUCGAAAGACAAAGUCGGGUAUACACAUUCGAGAUGCAGAUCAUCAAGGCCAAAGAGAACUAUGCGGGAAACUAUAGAUGUGAGGUCACCUAUAAGGAUAAGUUUGACAGCUGUUCAUUCGAUCUUGAAGUACAUGAAUCUACGGGGACUACUCCAAACAUUGACAUCAGAUCUGCUUUCAAGAGAAGUGGAGAAGGUCAAGAGGAUGCAGGGGAACUUGACUUUAGUGGUCUCCUGAAACGUAGGGAAGUGAAGCAGCAGGAGGAAGAACCCGAGAUAGACGUGUGGGAGCUGCUGAAAAACGCGAACCCCAACGAGUAUGAGAAGAUCGCCUUCCAGUACGGUAUCACCGACCUGCGCGGCAUGCUCAAGCGGCUCAAGCGCAUGCGCAGGGUGGAGAAGAAGAGCGCAGCUUUUGCAAAAAUUCUUGAUCCUGCGUAUCAGAUUGAUAAAGGAGGCAGGGUGAGGUUUGUUGUGGAACUGGCAGAUCCAAAGUUGGAGGUGAAAUGGUAUAAAAAUGGUCAAGAAAUUCGACCCAGUACAAAAUACAUCUUUGAACAUAAAGGAUGUGAAAGAAUCAUGUUUAUCAAUAACUGUGCACUAACAGAUGAUUCGGAGUAUUAUGUGACAGCCGGUGAUGAGAAAUGCUCCACUGAGCUCUUCGUGAGAGAACCUCCAAUUAUGGUGACCAAACAGCUGGAAGAUACAAAUGCUUACUGUGGGGAGAGAGUGGAAUUAGAAUGUGAGGUGUCUGAAGAUGAUGCCAAUGUAAAAUGGUUUAAGAAUGGCGAGGAGAUCAUCCCUGGUCCAAAAUCGAGAUACAGAGUUAAAGUUGAGGGCAAAAAACACGUUCUGAUCAUAGAAGGGGCAACCAAGGCUGACAGUGCAGAGUAUUCGGUAAUGACAACAGGAGGACAGUCGUCCGCUAAGCUUUCUGUUGGCUUGAAGCCUCUGAAGAUAUUAACACCUCUAACUGAUGUGACUGUAAAGCUCGGAAAAGAAAUCUGCUUGAAGUGUGAAAUCUCUGAAAACGUAACAGGAAAAUGGACUAAAAAUGGGCUACCCGUUCAGGAGAGUGACCGUCUAAAGGUUGUGCACAAAGGAAGAAUCCACAAAUUAGUGAUAGACAAUGCUCUCAUUGAGGAUGAAGGUGAUUAUGUAUUCACACCAGAUGCCUACACUGUUACUUUGCCUGCCAAAGUUCAUGUUAUUGAUCCUCCUAAAAUCAACCUGGACGGUCUUGAUGCUGACAACACAGUGACAGUAAUCGCAGGAAACAAGCUUCGUCUUGAGAUUCCCAUCAGUGGAGAACCUCCUCCUAAAGUCAUUUGGAGCAGAGCAGAUAAGGCUAUUGUGGAGGGCAGUGGCCGGAUAAGAUCAGAAUCUUACCCAGACAGCAGCAGUCUGAUUAUUGAUGUAGCUGAAAGAGAAGACUCUGGUGUUUAUAACAUAAAUCUGAAGAAUGAAGCUGGAGAAGCGCACGCAAGCAUCAAGGUUAAAGUUGUGGACAUCCCUGAUCCUCCGGUGGCACCGAAUGUGACAGAUGUGGGAGAUGACUGGUGCAUCAUGAACUGGGAGCCUCCUGUCUAUGAUGGCGGGUCCCCAAUCUUAGGAUACUUCAUUGAGAGGAAAAAGAAACAAAGUUCCAGGUGGAUGAGGUUGAAUUUCGAGCUCUGCAAAGAAACAACUUUUGAGCCCAAAAAAAUGAUAGAAGGCGUGGCCUAUGAGGUCCGUAUCUUUGCGGUCAAUGCCAUCGGCAUCUCCAAGCCCAGUAUGCCCUCCAAGCCGUUUGUUCCGUUGGCUGUAACCAGCCCUCCUACACUUCUGGCUGUUGACUCUGUAACCGACACCACUGUCACGAUGAAGUGGCGGCCCCCAGACCAGAUUGGUGCAGCAGGUUUAGAUGGCUAUGUGCUAGAGUAUUGCUUUGAAGGAACUGAGGAAUGGAUAGUCGCAAACACGGAUCUGAUUGACAAGACCAAGUUCACCAUCACAGGUCUGCCCACAGACGCAAAGAUCUUUGUGCGCGUGAAGGCUGUGAAUGCAGCCGGUGCCAGUGAGCCCAAGUACUACUCUCAGCCCAUUCUUGUGAAGGAGAUCAUAGAGCCUCCAAAGAUCCGCAUCCCAAGGCAUCUGAAGCAAACCUAUAUCCGCAGAGUUGGAGAAGCUGUCAACCUGGUUAUACCUUUCCAGGGAAAACCAAGACCAGAACUAACUUGGAAGAAGGAUGGUGCAGAAAUUGAUAAGAACCAAAUCAACAUUCGCAACUCGGAGACUGACACAAUCAUAUUUAUUAGAAAAGCAGAGAGAAGCCACUCAGGGAAAUACGAUCUGCAAGUCAAGGUGGAAAAAUUUGUGGAAAAUGCAUCGAUUGACAUCCAGAUUGUUGACCGUCCGGGUCCACCCCAGCUUGUGAAGAUUGAGGAUGUCUGGGGAGAGAAUGUUGCCCUGUCAUGGACGCCACCGAAGGAUGAUGGAAACGCGGCCAUCACAGGCUACACGAUCCAGAAGGCUGACAAGAAGAGCAUGGAAUGGUUCACUGUCAUUGAGCAUUAUCACCGAACCAAUGCCACCAUUACUGAACUGGUCAUAGGAAAUGAGUAUUACUUCCGGGUCUUUGCUGAAAACAUGUGUGGCCUCAGUGAGAAUGCAACAAUGACCAAAGAGAGCGCUGUGAUUGCCAAGGAUGGUAAAGUCUACAAAAAUCCAGUGUAUGAAGACUUCGAUUUCACAGAGGCGCCCAUGAUUACUCAGCCUUUGGUUAACACGUACGCCAUCGCUGGUUACAAUGCCACUCUGAACUGCAGUGUGAGGGGAAAUCCUAAGCCUAAAAUAACCUGGAUGAAAAACAAAGUUGCUAUUGUCGAUGACCCAAGAUACAGGAUGUUCAGCAACCAAGGGGUCUGCACGCUGGAGAUUCGCAAGCCCAGCCCUUAUGAUGGAGGCACUUACUGCUGCAAAGCAGUCAAUGACCUUGGGACAGCUGAGGUCGAAUGCAAACUGGAGGUGAAAGUGAUAUAUCAAGGAGUAAUUACCCCUGGACAACCACUGUUCCUGGCGGGGCAGCAACAGGUUUUAAAAAUUCAUAUCCCACUGGAUAUCUCUACUUUCUGUUCCAUUCCUCUUACAUGAAAUCGCACUUUGCAUGUAAAGCUUGACUUUCUUCAUUUGCUUUUAAUUAUAUUUUUUAGCAGCUCAUGGCAUACAGCAUUUAUGCCAUGAACAAGGAAGGCCAAAUUAUUCAAGGAUAUUCAAGGAUAUCAAUGCAGGAGCUAAGUUCUGUCAGAAAACUAAGUACCAUAGGAAAGAUCCCCACAAAUAAAGCCAGAAAGCUACAUUUGAAGAUAGCUCAUUUUAGGCAUAAGACUAUCAAAACCUGGGAACCAAUGGCAUUUCUUUAAUAUUUUCAUUCUUCAUCUGUAAAGAUAAUCUUCCUCUAAGAUAGCUUCCAGUGUAGUUUCCUUAGGUUCAUGUUGAAAUUCAGAAAACCGAAUGUUUUUAAAUUGCUAAGCUGUAGAGAAUGUGUUCCAAGAGUUUUUUAUAGGGAGAGGUCACAAGUAAAAAUAGAUCCAAUAUUUAGACACUUUCACAUGUUAGAUUUUCCAAUAGAAUGUCUGUAUUCUAUCGAUUCACCAGUAGGAAAUCUGUAACCCAUUUAUCUGUUGGACAUAUUAGAUAUUUUCAUGGGACCAAAGUUACUUCAUAUAUUCAUGAACUUAAAAGGAGAGAAAAUUCUAGGUCCCAUUUGUAAAUGUAUUAAGCAUUAAGGGAGUCCCGUAGUAUAUGUAUGAUUCUCCCCAUUCGGUAGAGUGGAUUAAGGAGUUCUUUGGGGCAAGGUAAGCAAACUGAUAUAAACUCUAAUGACGCAGGCAGAGCUGUGCCUGAGUUUACAAUAUUUGCUCUCUGAAUUCCCAGAAGUAAGGUCAGCUUUCAAAAGAGGAAGGAAGUAGG